GUGUUCUGAUUUAGAGGGAUGAUGAAGAAGAGGACAGUUGACUCUCCUCAAGAAGGCCCAAGAAAAUCUUCUAUCUGAGUUUCCUGGGGAAGCCUAUAUUGAGAGUACAAGGUGGAUAUUUUCAAUGGACUAAGCCAGUAUUUGAGACACCUCAAGUCAGCUCAUCUGUAUCUGAACUGGGGGACGUGAGAGAGAGACAAGGGCACAGACAGAAACCCCCCCCCUCGCCUUCCAGGAUCAAUUAUUCAUAUACAUGAGGUUUCCUGUGUGUCAGGGUGGAACCAGGCGAGCUGCGGUGGCUCAGCUCCAAACUGUGGCACAGUGCGACAAAAGCUGAAGAAGCAGAAAACAGGCGGACAAGAGAGAUAGAGGACACAGGGAGAGCAAAAAAGAUUGUGUAAGAGUUGCAGAUCAAAGGUCACAAAAGCAGAGGGGGAAUCAUUUGAGGAGGGUUUUUGUUUGGCGAGAAUGAAGGCUCUACAGAAGAAUCAGGGACGCACUGACCAGAUGUUGGGAGCCAUGGCUGAAGUGCUUACUUCCGUGGUCAUGCCCAAUCAACAGUGGCUCUCAGAGGGAGGUGAGGCGGACCUCCCAUUAAGCGAGGAAGAAAAGGGGCCUGUGCAGGGCCAGUGGGAGCCAGAGAGGUUGGAGUGGGAGCAGCAGGCCACUACUACAGAAAACCCAGAGCGGCAAGAAAGAACAGACUCAUACUCGGCAGCAGGCAGCGAGGGCAGCAUCUCCACCUCUGUGGCAUCGCUACCUCCUCAGGCAUCAGGUAGCUCUGCCCCCAGCUCCCCGGGCUCCAGACGCUCUGUGAGCACCCUGAAGAAGUGGCUCACAAACCCUGUCCGCAAACUCAGUGCUGGGGCCUCCGCCAAAGGGGAGCUUCAGGUCCGCAAAAUUGAAGGGAAGCCUCCACCUCUUCCGCCCCACAGCCACAGCCAGGACCUAGGCAGCCCUCUAAGGCCUGAUGACACACUCACCAUUCUACCUGUCACCCAUAGAGAACUGGAGUGGAAAGAUGGCCUGGCGAGCCCCGAGGACCUGUCCCCGGCUACACUACAGUCCCCUAGCUACAUAACUGACUCGCUGAUUGGCUGCACGUCUCUGCCAAACAACCAGGACACUCAGUCCACCAGUGUUCUGCCAGAUGACAGCGGCUCUGUCUUGAUGGACGACACCUCCAGCCAAUGGUCAGCCGCGGCUGACACUGAGGAGGAAAGGAGGAGUGCCUUAGAGAAAAGCAUGUAUGUACUGAAGGAGCUUAUUGAGACAGAGAAAUACUACGUGGAAGACCUGGGGCUCAUAGUGGAGGGCUACAUGGGCACAAUGAACUCCACAAGUAUACCGGAGGACAUGAAGGGAAAAGACAAGAUUGUCUUUGGGAACAUUCAUCAAAUAUUUGACUGGCAUAAAGACUACUUCCUGGGAGAGCUGGAGAAGUGUUUGGCAGAGCCAGAGAGACUGGCUCAGCUUUUCAUUAAACAUGAGAGGCGUCUGCAUAUGUAUGUUGUGUACUGUCAGAACAAGCCCAAGUCGGAACAUAUCGUCUCAGAGUAUAUUGAGACUUACUUUGAGGAGUUGCGGCAGCAGCUGGGCCACAGGCUGCAGCUCAACGACCUGCUCAUCAAACCCGUCCAGAGGAUCAUGAAGUACCAGCUGCUGCUCAAGGACUUCCUGAAGUAUUACACCAAAGCUGGAAUGGACACAGAGGAGUUGGAGAAAGCAGUAGAAGUGAUGUGCUUUGUGCCAAAACGUUGCAAUGACAUGAUGAAUGUCGGCAGACUACAAGGCUUCGAGGGGAAGAUCACAGCCCAGGGCAAACUGCUCCAGCAAGACACCUUCACUGUUACCGAGCAGGACAGUAGCUUUCUGUCCCGAGCUAAGGAAAGACGGGUAUUCCUGUUUGAGCAGCUGGUCAUCUUCAGUGAGCCAAUCGACAGGAAGAAAGGUUUCUCGCUCCCUGGAUACAUCUUUAAGAGCAGCAUCAAGGUGAGCUGCCUGGGAGUGGAGCCCAGUGUGGACGGCGAUGAUGCCCGCUUUGUGCUGACAUCACGUAACCCUGAUGGGAGUGUAGUGCGCUUCCAGUUGCAGGCCUCCUCUCCUGAGAUCUGCAGGGCCUGGGUCAAUGAUGUUGUUCAGAUCUUGGAAUCCCAGCGCAACUUCCUCAAUGCCUUACAGUCACCUAUUGAGUACCAGCGGCGAGAGAGCAAGUCUAAUAGCCUGGGCCGCAGCAUGAGGCCACCUCUGUCUGCUGCCAGUGCCCUUCGACCCCACUCCUCCGCCUCCAUUGAUCGUCAUAAACUGCCCUCCCUUCACUCUCACAACACCUCCCUGCCCACGCUCUACCUGCCUAGCCAAGGCCAAGGCCAAGGACCCAGCGAGACAUACUCACAGCGGGACCCCACUGUGGCCCAGCCAUGCCCUGCUGACUCCCACACUGUUUCUCCAUCACAUGUUCAACUGGGCUUCACUGAUCAGCCAAACUGUCAAGCUGUGUCAAAUGGACUGUACACACCCACCACACAAAGUGCACAGCAGAGAGCAGGAGAGGGCUGCAGAAGGGGCCAGGCUGUUGAUGCUGGGAGCCAGGCUCCAUUUUCUGGCCUCUCAGCUGGACGACGUCCCAGCAACCUGGCUCAGCUAGCUGAGGAUGACCUAUGAACUCUGAUGCUAUCUGUCUCCCGUCUACUGUCUGUUUAGGCCAGGCUGGACUCUCAAAUGUUUCAGUUGUGAUUUCUGGAAGAUAAUGAAGGAAUAUAUGAAGGAAUUAUGGGCUGCAACUAUAAAAUGACUUUGCUCCUGUUUUUAUGCAGCGGUGACUAUGCCACCUUGAGUGUACAUGAACAGCACCCAGAAUGAUGUUACUGGGCUUAGAGUGAAAACACUCAAGGAACACUCAGUGUUAUGACAAUUUUUGUUUUUUACCUGUUUUGAGAGCUUGUACCAGACUAUUUUCUCUUUCAAAGGGCAAUCGGAAUUUGUUUGGAGAAAAAAUAUCCAUUCCUAAUUGGGGCGGUCACUGGAGUUUCAUGUGUGCCUGAAUGUAUGCUUAUGCAGCAAUGUGUGGAUGUGUUUAAGUGCGUGAGUGUGCGCAAGGAGUGGCAGUGGCUCCUCUUGUACUCUCUGGUCAAUUUUUUUUUUGAUGCCCCAUUUUGAAGACAAGUACAGCUACAUUAAUACAUUUUGUCAUUCCCCUGCUGACAACUGAGUUUGCUGUUUAUGUCGACAAGAAUGGGAAAGGCAGAACACUUGAUGUGAACAUGCCACAAGGACUCACUCGAAUUUCAACUAAAAGCAAAAAACUUUCUUUCUUGCCACAGUGUUGAGAGCUCCUGUGUGCUCUCUUAUUCUGUUUGACUGGCCCACAUUUGAUCUGGACAAAAAAGGCAUGAGAGAGCCCCCUGGAGGUUCUCUGUGGGUAUGACGUCACUUCAAACAUUUUUUGUGCUCUUUGGGCAACUCCAGAGGAGUUGCUACAUACAGUAGGUGCAUUCAAAGGGACUGCCGUGCUGACCCAAAGUGUUACAUGCAACAUCCCCUUGGUGAUUGACUGGCACAAUGCUACUUUACACAGAUCUUUCUUUCCAGGCUGAAGUGGUUUUGGGGACACAAGUCCUUAAAAGUGCAUUGGUAUAAACAAAUAUGAAUUGUUUUAUUAGUCCACUGUUGUCAUGUCAAGGCUGUGCACCAUUUCUAUAAUCUCUUGCUUUUGCCCUCAUGGACUAAAUCAUAUACAGUGCAUACCAUAAAGGCAAUCAUACAUUUCCACUUGUAAGAUGAAGAAGGAUCCAGGUAGGCCAGGAAAUUUUACCGUUCCAGUUGGUUGAAAUGAAGGAUAAUAUGUUGCUGGAUAAUGUUGAAGAAUCUGCAUGCUCCCUCUUCCUCGGACAGCAGUGCCAAAAACAGCAGCUCACCACUGAAACGUUUCAUGCUCUUACGCCAUCCUCUGCUACUCUUACUAAACGAUCGUAAAUAUCUGUAUUAUUAUCUGGAUUGUAAUGCCUAAGUGGCAAAAAGAGGAGAAUGGAGUAGAUCAAGUGGGCUACCGUGUCAAUCUCAGGCCAGUUCUUCUUUGUAGCCUAUAGAGGUCCCCACAAGGCUUAAUCAUCCAUCUUAGUUGGAUCAUACACCUGCGCCAAAGAUCAAUAGGCCUCAUGUUUCAGUGCUCACAAUGAAGCAAAAGCUGCUCAAUAAUCUGUCCAAACAAUAAUAAAUUACACUGACAGGUGAGACAUUAGGUGAAUGAAACCACCUCAUAUAAUCCAUAUGUAGUUAAAGUGAACUGGCAUGUAUGGGAAUUACUGAUCAACACAAUGUAAUACCACGACAGAGAACCAAAAGCAAGGACAUAAAACCAAGAGAACGUUGUUUAAUAUUGUGUUUGACUGAGUAGAAACUGUUGUAUCAUAUCAAAUUAAAAGUGUCUUUUUGAAACCGA